CCUGUGCUCUCGAGAUAUUUCUGAGAAGGAUUUUCAGGGCUUUUCUUUGGUUGUGUUUUACAUCUCAAUAAGUUUAGUAAAGUCCUAAGCGUCACACGACUGAAAUAUGUGAAAAGAUAACAAAAAGAACAACAGCUUUACAUUAUCAAAUCUUAUCUGUGAUUGACAGAAAGGUUUCCUUUAGUUGUGCAUUGGCGACUUUUUGACAUUUGAUAUGAUUAUUUGUACUUUCAAUGUCAUUAUUUUUUAAUAUGGAAAAAUAGUAAGUAUACCUUGAGUUAGGAUACUUUGUCCAUCAUGGUAUUUAUUUAAUUUUCCUCUUUUGAGUGAAUAUACAAACACUGACAUACGUGCGUUUCGAGGAAGAGGAAGAAGAGGAAGAAGAAGAAGCAUUAGAAGAAGAAGAUUAACCUUUAUUUUGUUUGUUUCCAGCCUCAAGACAUUAGUGCAUUGUGUGCUGCUGAAGCAUCACAAUGUAAAACGUCUUGAAUGAAUCCCUGGAAUAGCACUAAACUUGAAAUAAGUAAAUAGUUGAGGCAGUUGCUCGGGGUUAAAAUAACACGAGUGAACUGCUGCUUAAGCAAAGUCACAUCCUGUCCCUCUUUUGUUUUUCCUCAACUCUCGCUGCGCUCCGCCUCCAGUGUUUACGGCAGUGGAUCAACUCCCGUUUCUCAGCUGAUAUGACAUCCAUCCCCCGGCAGCCUGCUGCACCAGACCGCCGGGCUACAGCCCACCGCUCACUUCACCGUUAGCAGUGCAGCAUCAGUGAACCAACCUAAAGGAUGUUAGACAACGAAGAGUUCAUGCUGGAGAACUCCCCGCGGGAGCUGACCCAGAACCCGCUGAGGAAGAUCUGGAUGCCGUGCAGGAGCGCGCACAUCGCGCAGAGAGGCGUGUGCAUGACAAACUGCCCGACCCUCAUCGUAACGGUUGGACUUCCAGCUCGAGGGAAGACCUACAUCUCAAAGAAGCUCACACGCUACUUGAACUGGAUAGGUGUGCCAACUAAAGAGUUCAACGUUGGCCAGUACCGGAGGGAGUGUCUGAAGAUCUACAAGUCCUUUGAGUUCUUCCGGCCAGAUAACGAGGAGGGGUUGAAAAUCAGACGUCAGUGUGCGUUAGCUGCACUCAACGAUGUCCGGCAGUACCUGAGUGUGGAAGGAGGACAGGUGGCGGUGUUUGAUGCCACAAAUACAACAAGAGAACGAAGAGGGACCAUCGUCAAGUUUGCUGAGCAGAAUGGCUUUAAGGUGUUCUUUGUGGAGUCUGUGUGUGAAGACCCAGAUGUCAUUGCACAAAAUAUAGUGCAAGUUAAGUUGGACAGCCCAGAUUACAUAGACUGCAACACAGAGGAGGCCAUUGAGGACUUCAUGAAGAGGAUCAAGUGCUACGAGUCGUCCUACCAGCCUCUGGACGAGGUUCUGGACAGGGAUCUCUCCUACAUAAAGAUCAUCGACGUGGGCUGUCGUUUCCUGGUGAACCGCGUCCUUGACCACGUCCAAAGCAGGAUCGUCUACUACCUGAUGAACAUCCACAUCACGCCACGCUCCAUCUACCUGUGCCGCCACGGGGAGAGCGACCUGAACAUCAAGGGCCGGAUCGGAGGAGACUCUGCUCUGUCUGCCAGAGGAAAAGAGUAUGCCAAAUGUCUGAGGAAGUUCAUCCAGGAACAGAACAUCACAGAUCUGAAAGUGUGGACGAGCCAGAUGAAGAGGACCAUCCAGACGGCGGAGAGCCUGGGAGUGCCGUACGAACAGUGGAAGUCUCUCAACGAAAUAGAUGCUGGUGUGUGUGAGGAAAUGAUGUACGAGGAGAUCCAGGAGCAUUACCCUCUGGAGUUUGCACUGAGAGACCAAGACAAGUACCGCUACCGCUAUCCCAAAGGAGAGUCUUAUGAAGACCUGGUGCAGCGCCUGGAGCCUGUGAUCAUGGAGCUGGAGAGGCAGGAGAACGUUCUGGUGGUUUGUCACCAGGCCGUCAUGCGGUGUCUUCUUGCAUAUUUCCUGGACAAGACUGCAGACGAGUUGCCUUAUCUCAAGUGCCCUUUGCACACGGUGUUGAAGUUGACCCCCAUGGCCUACGGAUGUAAAGUGGAGUCUGUGUAUUUAGGCGUGGACUCGGUGAACACACACAGAGACAGACCCGAGGUAGGUAUCACAGGCAGCUCUCAGAAAUGUCUCUCAGCAGAAGACCACUUGAGUCCCCUUCAGGUGUGACUCGCUUCACUGCGUUUUCCACACAGCUCCUCGGGGACCGGGGACGCAAAGGGGAGAAUGUCACGCAGUAAACACGUCACCUGUAGACGCCGUGUGUGACUUUCAUCAUUACUGGAGAAGCACAUUGUAUGUCUUACAUCAUUUUAAGUCUGCAUCUCCCACCUGAAGCAGUCAGUGCGGACCCUCCUCUCUCUGAGAACGCACAUCUUUCACACAUGGCAGAGGACCCAUGUCCCGAUGCACCGGUGUUUCCUGACAGAACGACAACUGCGACACAGAAUGACCAUUGACGCUCCUACCUCCAUCCUGCCAGCAGUGACCUUUUCUCAUCUCAUGUUUGUCCUUUGUGAUGGGUAUUUGUUCUCAUGUCUUUUUCUGUAUUGGCCCUAAGAGGUCAACACACUGCUACUUAAGAAAAUGCAUGAAAUAAGAGAAAACGCUGCAAAGUACAACCAAAUACAGAAACUGUCAAUCACAUAGAUGUCAAACUGUUAUAUUCGCUUAACAGAAAGACUCUUUAGAAUUGAAUAUACAAAAAGUAAUCCGUAGUCCAACAGCAGACAUCUGAAAUAAUAAUUCAACCAUAUAAUCAGAAUGUAAAAACAAAACUUUAAUUUUCCAACAACACUGACUCCACAGCUAGCUGUUCUUCUGUUGUGUCCUGACUUGCAACAUGUUUGUUUUUUUCUAUUAAAUGCUGCAAAUGUGGUGUCAGACUGGUGAAGAUUUUCCUCCAUUUCUUCAUUCCUUCACUAGCUGCAGUGUGUUGAGUUCUCGGGGCCUACAUUUUUCAUCUCAGUACAUAACUGGAAUCCAGUUUCAGGAGGAAUCCCUCGGCUGUGUGUAUUUGUACAUCUAUAUUUGUGAGGACCAGUUUGACUCCGACCUCUGGAGCGACGACAUAUUUUAGACUUUUGGUGGUGUUUAAAGUGCUGAUUAAGGGUGGGGGCUAGGGAAUUAGCUGCCUCACAAGUAUAGAGGUGUGUGUGUGUGAUGAAUAGUGAAUGAAGGAGAGAACAUAAGAACAUUACAUACAUAUCAUUUCUUAAAAUACAAUUUCACCCUGUUUUUUUUGUAUGUUUGCCGGUUUGCAUUAAAGCCUGUUUUUUGUACACUUCCCCUUUACAUAAUUUUCUUCUGCACAUGAAUUAUUUUCUUACUUUGUCUGUUUACUGCCUAAAUGUGAAGGGUUAAUCUGCAAUGCCCACCAAAAUGAAAUGCUAAACUUAAAUAAAGAUAAUUGACAGUUUCAACCAUUUGUUUGAGCACGCACAUGCUUAAAUGAUUUAUCAUGAAAUGUAACGUUUUUGUUUUGGUUGUGAAGAUUAUUGUAAAUAUAAAAGUCCAAAAUGGAAAAAA